CAUCCUCCGUGUUCAGCGAGACGUCAUUCACAUACACACAAUAGGAGAGCACGUCAUGUUCUCCAAAUAAGCGCGCGCUUCAUAAGAAGAAUAAGACAGAGAGAAAGACAGAGGGAGAGGGAGGGGAUAAAGUCUUAUUGUUCUUGAGCAGCGUGCACUGGAGGUGUGGCAUCUUCCGGGCGUUGUCGUGGAGACGGAGGACUGGCCAAGCGCUGUUGUCUUUCUUCCUCCAGGCUCAUCACCAGGACGCUGAUCACACGGAGGCUGAUCCUUAUGGCAAGAGCCGCAGCCACAGGUGGUCAUGCUGCUCUCUUUGUUCUCCUGUGCUGUGGGCUUCUCCCUCCUACCGCUCCUCCUGUUCCCGUACCCUGCCCAGGCUUGCCCUGCACGUUGUGAGUGUUCUGUGCCCACACGCUCUGUCUCGUGCCACCGCAAGCGGCUGGCCCAGGUGCCAGAGGGCAUCCCCAUCGAGACACGAGCACUGGAUCUCAGCAAAAACCGUCUACGCAUUGUCACACCACAGAAUUUCUCUGGCCUUCUGUUGCUAGAGGAGCUUGACCUGAGCACCAACCUCUUGUCAUCUGUGGAGCCCGGGAGUUUCCGUGCCCAGCCACGUUUACGAACACUGCGUCUGCGAAACAAUCAACUGACUUUGUUGCCUCGUGGUGCACUUGCCGGCCUGAGUGAGCUCACUCUGCUGGACAUCAGCCAGAACCGGCUGGUUAUCCUGCUUGAUUACGGCUUUGAGGACCAGCGGCGUCUGCGUGUCCUUGAGCUUGCUGACAACGAGCUGGUUUUUGUUGCACCCCGUGCCUUCAGUGGCUUGCCUGCAUUGCGCUCGCUGACACUACAGCGUUGUAACCUGAGUGCUGUGCCCAGUCACGCACUGGCACAUCUGCACAGCCUAACCAGUCUUCGCCUUAGACAGCUGGACAUUGCAGAACUGCUACCACACAGCUUUAAGGGCCUGGGCCGACUGCGUCAUCUUGAGGUGGAUCACUGGCCAGCACUGGAAGUCGUGCCCUCUCUAGCUCUGCAGGGACUGAAUCUUAGCACGCUCUUCAUCACCCACACAAACCUUACAGUUGUGCCAGUACUGAGCCACCUGUCCUACUUGACUCAUGUGAACCUGUCAUAUAGCAGUCUGAAGGUGCUGCCAGCUGGCUGGCUGCGUGGUCUGGACCGGCUGGAAGUGCUGCAUGUACGAAAGGCUCAGUUGGUGCGUGUGGAAGCCCAGGCAUUCCAAGGAGCCCUGUCACUUCGUCUGCUUGACCUCUCUUACAAUCGCCUGACCACACUGGAAAGAGCUACUCUGCCAGCAACUGUGGCCCUGCAAAACCUCCUGAUUGGCCAGAACUCAUUAGUGUGUGACUGCCGUCUCCGCUGGCUACUUCAAAGGACACUACCGCUAAAAUUUGGGGAGGUGCAACCUCAGUGCACAACUCCCGCUGCUCUGGCUGGGAAAUAUUUCAGUGAUAUAGUUGAGCCACUGCUCUCCCGCUAUGUCAUAUGCACCAAACCUAGGGUUAUUGCCAUGUCAACACAACCAGCCCAAGCAGAAGAAGGACAAAAGGCAUGGUUGUACUGUACAGCAGAUGGAGCUCCGCCCCCAUCUGUCUCCUGGCUGACACCCCACAGAAGACACAUCACCACCAAGAGCACAGGCCGCAUGGUUGUCCAUGGCAAUGGUUCUCUGGAGUUUCGGGUAGUGGAGCUGCAGGAUAGCGGCAUGUAUGUUUGCGUGGCCUCCAAUCCAGCAGGCAAUUCCACCUUGUCCAUAACGCUAGCUGUCAAAAGCCUGGGCCUUAGGGAUGGGGCUCUCUAUGCCAACCUUAGCUUCACCUUUGAUCAUGAUUACAAUAGCUCCCUGAUCAAUGGCACAGAGCAUUACACAAUCAGGAUGGUACUGGACUUCACCACCAUUCUUGUGUCUACAGCAAUGGGCUGCCUCAGCUUCCUGGGCGUGGUCCUUUUCUGUUUUCUGCUUCUGUUCGCUUGGAGCCGAGGCAAAGGCAAGCACAGAGGAAGUGUGGACAUUCAGUAUGUUCCACGCAAGAGGAAAGGAGCCAACAGUGAUCUAACUGAGACCAGCGGCCCCAGACGUGUCAACAUGAAGAUGAUUUGAAAGCCAGAUUGUUCUGAAAUCAUAACCUUGAUGCGCUGAUACCAAACUGUAGAGUAACGGAAAAAAGAAAAAAGUCAAAAGAGAAAGACCUGUAACCAUGGUGGCCAGUAGAGAUCGGCGAGAUAAGCAGCACACUGUUUCAGUUUGUGUGCUUUAGUAUAAAUGUACAUUUGAGGUACCUAUGUACGUAUGAAUGUACGUAUGUCAAUUGAAAUAUAGUGUGUGCAUUUAUGGGCAUGUAUGUGUCUAUAUUAUAUGGAUGUAUUCAAUUGUGAGAGUUUACACAUAGUAUACAAACAGAGUCACUUAUAGGAAAAAAAAGUAUUUAUAUGUUUUCUGCAAUGUUUUGUCUGGACAGAAUCAUUUGGACAGUACAGACAUGUGCAGAGGGCAUAUUGUUGUAUAAAUAUCUUGUUAUGGAUGGGGGGAAAUGAUCUAUUUAUACAUUUUAGGUUCCAUUAUUAUUAUUAACUUUUGAAUUGCUGCAAAAACUCAAACUGUCUUCCCCAACAAGUCAAUUAUAUACAGGAAGAAGCCUCAGCAGUGAAGUGUUGUGAAGUGUUUGGUUUUGCUCUGAAUAUCUAUUCUCCCCUGGGAGAUCCUAAAGUUUGGCGAACCUCUGGGAAAAAAGGAACAUCGUCUGCCAUUUUAUUUAAAAAAAAAAAAAGAAAGAAAGAAAUCGCAACAUGAGGACCUGUUUGACAUGGUGGGCACCAGGGGCUGUGUUUGUGACUCAGUGGAAAUCUGUGAAACUGUUUUUUGAUGUUCUGUCAAAUGCUGCUCA